AAAGUUUGGUCGUGUGGUUGAGGAUUGGACUGUCUUGAACUGCACGUACUUUUUCCUCAAUAUUUUUUUGAAGAAAAAAAGAUUAUGCUGGAUUUUUAUGGAUUUCAUCAUAUUCUUCGUUCAAUGAUGAUUAUUGUAGGAUUUGGCCACAUAUUCCACGUUAAGUUAAUCCUUUUCAUUGCUAAAAACAAGGUUUAGGACUAGGCUUUAAUGGUACUACUAGUGGAUUUUAUGCGUGAUUGGGAUUCAGACAGCUUUAUGGAAGCUCUCAUGUUAAAAAAUGCAGCAGCCGCUACAGCCAAGAGUAUUCUUACAAUAGAAGGGGAAGGAGGAGGAAAACAAGAAGACCACCAUAAUCACAAUCCCAGUUCUGUUUAUAUGGUGGAGGGUAGAAGUGGGUUGGGAUUGAGCUGUAGUAGAACAAGUCAAAUUUGUGAGGAUUGGGAAUCUGGAGUUUCUGGAGUGGAAUGUGAUAUUGAAAUGGUUGGAUUGAAGAAUGAUUCCAAUGUAUUGGAUUUUGAUGAUGAUGGCGAUUGUGAUGGUGGCAAUGGUGGUAUGUGGGAGUCACUGAUCGAGCAGGACCUGGUAGCCCAAGCUUGCAGGUACUGUCUUGGGUUGUGUUUGUUUGGGCUUUUGGCUAUGAUUACUGUCCAGUACUUGUUUCUGGGUGCUCUGGAGAAGGAAAAGGAGGAUACAGGGUUGUGUGUGGACAGAGCAGGGGUCAAUUGGGUUGUGUGGGUGGCGGGAUUUGGGGGUGUGGGUGUUGUGGCGGGUGGGGUGUUUUGGAGAAACAGGAGGACAUGCUUUUCUUGUCAUGAUAUGGAGCUCAGCAGAAGCAGGGCAGAUGAUGCAGACAAGAGGGCUCAGAAGGCUCAGAGGUCCAAACAAGAGUUCAUGGCCUAUGUGUUUCAUAACAUAAGAGUGCCCUUUAAUGCCAUAGUACUUGGCCUAGGAUAUCUGAGCGCUACUGAAGAUGGGGAAUCCUCUUCUGUUGAUGUAAAGGAAAAGAUGGAUCUUGUCAAGUUGAUGCUUGAUUGUGCCGAGACAAUGACAAAUGUACUUAAUGAUGUUGCAGAUUUAGGCCAAGAUGAAGGUAGGGCAAUGGAACUUCAUCUGGAAGAGUUUUACUUAUUGACAGUUUUGGAAUUUUUGGUUUGGGGUUUGAAAGAUCUUAUAUCCCACAAGAAGAUUUGUUUCAAGAUGGAUAUUGAACCUAUGGUUAAGAGCCUUCUUACGACAUACUGUGUAGUUGGGGAUAAAAACAGGGUUGUGCAGACCUUAGGAUUUUUCCUUAGCAAUGCUGUCAAAUUCACUCCAGCUGGGGGCAGGCUAGAGCUCAAAGUAAGGUGUGAAGAGGUUGUGGAGGGUGCAUCGAUUAACUUGUGGCAGCAGACAUGUUUACAAUCGGUAGCAUCUUCACUAAGGGUGCAACAUUCUGCAAUGCCACCUCAGGAUGACGUAGGUGUGAAAUAUAAGGUUGCUAAUGUUCUCCUUUCUGUCAAGGACUUUGUUACAGGAAUGUCUUCUCAGGAUCAGUCAAAGUUGUUUGAGCCACACUCAUUGGCAACUAGCUGUGUUACAAAUUGUGGACUUUCUGGAUCAGGAUUCAGCAUGGCAAAACGAUUUGCUGAGCAAGUGGGUGGCUUUAUUGGAUUGAAAUCCAUAAAUAGCAAGGAUAAGUCUUUCUGCUUGUCAAUACCCUAUAUUCUGGUACCAGUUGAUAGACAUGCAAGACCAGAUACAGAAGCAAAGGAUGCUCAUAAAUCUGAUGCAACUGGUUGCAGGCCAGUGCGCAUCAUUCAGGAUGGUCUUAACAAUUCAUCUCAGACUGAGUCUAGAACUCAAAGAAGUAAAAAUAUCAAGUUAAAAAAUUCCUUAUCAACCCAGGACUGUGGCUCCCAGAGACGAGUUUUGCUUGUAGAGGACACAGAAAUCAACCGAAUAAUUUUGCGCAAAGUUCUCCAGAAUCUUAAUCUUCAAUGCGAAGAAGCUGAAAAUGGAAAAAUAGCAGUGGACUAUUUCAAGCAAGGGAGAACUUAUGAUCUUAUAUUGAUGGACAAAGAAAUGCCAGUCAUGGAUGGACAUGAGGCAACAAGACAACUAAGAACAAUGGGAGUUAAGACACCCAUUAUUGCAUUGACUGGAAAUGCUCUGCAAUCUGAUAAAGACCUUUUCUUUGAAGCUGGUGUGGAUGACUUUCAAACUAAGCCUCUCUCCAGAGACAAACUUGUGCAGUUGCUAGCUCGAUUUGGGGUUGAGAGUUCAUGUACGGAGAAUAGAAGGCGCUGAGAAAGGAGAAGCUACACUGCUUCAUUGUAUAAUAACAAGGAUGUUGCUACUUUACAGAUAACCAAAAGCAAACAGAGCCAGUGGCAAGGGAAUCAGAGUUUCAGCUUUUUAGUGGAGCAAUUUCUCCGUUUUGCUGAAUUUUUUUCCGAACUUUUGAGACUUAUUUUUUGCAAUGUAUAGCAUUGGCCUGAUAAUGUAAUUACAUUAUUGUAUACAUAUUGGAUGGAAUGCUUAAACAUGUCUCUUAGAAAAGUUAAAAAAGAUGUUGUGGGGAAUGCCUUUGUGCCAAUACACUUAUUGUUUUCCCCCUUGCGUCUGGCAUGCACAAUUUUGCAUUCCCUACAACACAGUAUAACUAUUAUAAAUCUUGUAUACCACAGAACAAGCUUACCAUCUCAAAUAUAUUUAUGGAUCUUCUUGAUCAUGACUAAGAAAUAGCACCACAAAUUUCACUUUUUGACAA